UGCCAACUUCUGAAACGUGUGGAGUGAUUUCGAGCUAGAUCUGGUGCUUAGUUCAAGACCGUAUCACUGACUCACUCCAGGAUGUAAUCCGGUGCCUGAGGAACUUAUUUCGCUGGAAAAGGACAACGUUUUUCUCAGAGGUUGGAGGAAUUAAGUUUCCGUGGUGUGGUGAGCAUUUUCUCGUCUGAUUAUGACGUAAUACGCGCUUCUGAUCGUUUUGGCGGGAAGGCCUAGAAACUAAUGGAACCUUAACGUGUUGGAAAUCCAAGGUUUCUGGUCAGUCGCCAUAAUCCACGGAAUUUCCUGUCUUUUGUGGGAUGAGAAAAGGCAACAAAACCACCGUUCCCACUACUGACGUCAUUUCUAGGAUGUAAACGUUUGUGGGGGAAAAAGAAGCCCUUUCUCCACACGUUCCAUGGAGGACUUUUGACACUCUGUGAAAGUUUACACCACAAGACAGACGAAAACAGGCACAAGUAGUGAGAAACUGCAAACUAUGUUGUUUCUCUAAGAAGAAAGCUGAUUAUGACACCACAUCUGUACAUGGUUCUACUAGCCACUUUCUUCUCAGGGAUGGUUACAAGCAACGCUACCAAUGUCACUACUUCGGCACCUACGAACAUACCGUCGACAAUUUCCGGAGCACCCACGAAUGCGUCCUCGUCGAUUUUCGGGACGACGUCGUCCACGAUCACAGCCAAUGAAACCGAACCUUACAACUCGUCCAGCGUCGCCACCCCUGAUUCGUCGACUGUGAGUGACGUCACGAAUGUCACAUCACCGGAGACAACGUCUGCGAAUUCAUCCGCUCCUCACGCCACGCAAGCUACCACGGCUACAUCAGUUUACAAUGAGACAGCAAGUCCGAGUGCAUUGGCAACGAAUGACACUACAAGUGUACAUCAGACAACCACGCCGACCACAACAUCAAAUGGAGUGACAUUGACACAAACUUCUAGUAGAGCAGGGACCUCUACGGCCCUGGCUUCCACAAUUGAGUUGAACAGUGUAACAUUGGCACUGUCUCCAACCACGCAAAGUGGUAACCUUUCUACAAACUCUACGUCAAGAGAAACUACCAGUACGGCUAGCACGGAGGUUACAGUAGCUGCAAAUGUAUCGUUGUCAAGUACGCGGUCUUCCAAUGUUUCAGAAAACUCGACAGUGAGUGGAGGUAGCACUACGCCUGUGCCAUCGACUUUACAAAACCAGGCGACGGUUGUAACGUCGACUUCGGACAACAACAACGUGUCCUCGACACAACAUUCUUCACCACCAACAACAACAGCGGGCGCGACAGAACUGAACUCUUCCGCAGUAUCGAGUACAGUUGCGAAUACAACGACUGGAUUUCUUGCGGUGUCUACGGCUGGCACUACAGACCAACACGCAGUAAACAGCAGCUCAACUACCGUUCCUGUGGGUACAACGAAGAACACCACGGCAUCAUCAGCCAACCCGUUAGUAUCAACGUCGGUGACAACACCAGCAGUUACAACAACAACGAACGCUGUCAACACGUCUACGUCCUUAGAGGUGACAUCAAGGCAUUUUACGACAAUUCCUAGCACGGCACUGCCGCAAAACGUUACUGUCAACACAACGACAGCGGAUGUGAACAAUGCAUCACAGGAAAUGACGUCAGGAUCAGCAACAACACUUACAGCGACAAAUACAACGGCACCAACAACUCUAGACGCGGUGUCCAAUGCAACUAGUGUUGACACAGUUACACCAUCAGUUGUGUCAACGGUUCCAGUUGUGACAACAGCUCAACAACCCAAUACAACCGUACGGUCACAGCAGAGUACCACAACACCACCAACGAGCAUACAGCCUUCCCAAAAUACUACGCUGGGCGGUGCUGUAACAUCAGCCGCGAAUGUGACAACACCGCACGCAACGAGCGAUGUUACAGCUUCUAAUUCGGAGGUUGCGACGCCAUCCAUUAACACUACUCAAGCAACAACGUCGGUUACAACCACCCAGCCAACUCUCUCACAGGCGACACCAACUGUAAUUGCAUCAACACCGCCCGCUACGUCACAAUCUACAGUGAACACAACAACAAAAGCCACAGCACAGGUUACAAAUACACCGCCCUCUGUGCAAACGACAACACAAGCACCGUCCCUGGCGACUGGUAAUAAUACAACCACUACACAUGAUACAACGGCACCGGUUAGUACAACGAACCAAACAGCUACAGCAUCUUCUACAACCACGACUCAAUCCAACGCUUCAAGCAGCGCUGUACCUACACCGCCGGUGCAAACCACUUCUCCUACAACAAACACGACCAGAAGAAGUACGCUGGGACCUGUGCAAUCUUCUGUUGGUGUAACUACAACAGAGAUUACAACCUUCAAUGCCAGUACCUCACAAAGUAACGGAUCUACUGUUCCACCAGCGCCAAGUAGUUCAACAGCACCAGUUAUACAUUCGCUGGGUACUGGGGUGUCAACAACAGCGACCGGUUCGAAUAAUACAACCCCGUCUAAUACAACGGUUUCAAGUACAACCACCGUCUUUUCUAGUACAACCACACUUUCAAGUGCCGCAACUCAGACAAGCGCGCCUGGAACUGUUGCUGUCUCUAGUGCGUCUCUUACUGGUACAACGUCGAUGGCCAACGCAUCUUUGAUCGUUGUAUCUACCAGUGCGGCAGCGACGUCUCCCAGGCCAACCUCAACCUACAAAUGUCUCUACAGCCCUGCAACCAACAAGUCAGACAGUUUCAGCGAGUACGCUUCUACAAAGUGUCUCUACAAAUACAUCAUCUUCGGUUACAACGCUUUCUGCCACAACGCUAGUGACAAAUGCCUCAACGAGUGUGAAGCCAACGACUUCGGUAGUUGUGAGUACACCAAUUGUGCCAUCAUCCACCUCCCUAACGGUUUCGAGUGA